AGCUGCUCCUCAAACAUCCGGGGAGCUCCGGAGGUUGGGAUGGUCCCAAAAAAAACUCGGAUCUUCUCGGCGGGAUUGGCCCGGAGGUCAUGGAAGGUUGGGUUGGCUUGGGUUGGGUUGGAUCCAAAGCUCAGCUCGUUCCGUGCCGGGGGCAGCGAUGGCUUCAUCCAGAAGGUCAUGGUUGGCUUGGAGGCACCACGGUGGCACCAGCGUUGGGUGACACCCGUUGGGUGACAUCUCUUGGGUGUGAAGCCACCAGGGUCCCACCAGCGUUGGGUGACACCCAUUGGGUGACACCUCUUGGGUGUGAAGCCACCAGGGUCCCACCAGCGUUGGGUGACACCCGUUGGGUGACAUCUCUUGGGUGUGAAGCCACCAUGGUCCCACCAGCGUUGGGUGACACCCGUUGGGUGACAUCUCUUGGGUGUGAAACCACCAUGGUCCCACCAGCGUUGGGUGACACCCGUUGGGUGACAUCUCUUGGGUGUGAAGCCACCAUGGUCCCACCAGCGUUGGGUGACACCCGUUGGGUGACAUCUCUUGGGUGUGAAACCACCAUGGUCCCACCAGCGUUGGGUGACACCCGUUGGGUGACAUCUCUUGGGUGUGAAGCCACCAGGGUCCCACCAGCGUUGGGUGACACCCGUUGGGUGACAUCUCUUGGGUGUGAAACCACCAUGGUCCCACCAGUGUUGGGUGACACCCGUUGGGUGACAUCUCUUGGGUGUGAAGCCACCAUGGUGCCACCAGCGUUGGGUGACACCCACUGGGUGACACUUCUUGAGUGUGAAGCCACCAGGGUCCCACCAGCGUUGGGUGACACCCAUUGGGUGACACCCUUUGGGGUUGGAGCCACCAUGGUCCCACCAGUGUUGGGUGACACCCACUGGGUCACACCUUUUAGGGUUGAAGCCACCAGGGUCCCACCAAUGCUGGGUGACACCCAUUGGGUUGAAGCCACCACGAUCCCACUGGUGUUGGGUGACACCCAUUGGGUGACACCCCUUGGGGCUAGAGCCACCAGCGUUGGGUGACAACCAACCCUUGGUGUGGAAGCCACCACGGUCCCAGCAGCGUUGGGGGUUGAAGCCACCACGGUCACACCGGUGUUGGGUGACACCCAUUGGGUGACACCUCUGGGGGUUGAAGCCACCACGGUCACACUGGCGUUGGGUGACACCCAUUGGGUGACGCCCCUUGGGGUUGGAGGCAUCAAUGCUGGGUGACACCCAUCGGGAUGAAGCCACCACGGUGCCACCGGUGUUGGGUGACACCCACUGGGUGACACCCUUAGGUUGAAGCCACCAUGGUCCUACUGGUGUUGGGUGACACCCACUGGGUGACACCUCCUGGGGAUGAAGCCACCACCGUGCCACUAAAGUUGGGUGACACCCAUCGGGAUGAAGUCGCCAUGGUCCCACCAGCAUUGGGUGACACCCAUUGGGUGACACCUCUGGUGAUUGAGGCCACCACGGUCCCACCAGUGUUGG